GCCAGUGUUUACUGUUGGUCUAUACAGCCACUUAGUCUUUUUUGAGGCAUGUGCACAGAGACUGCCUGGCUACUUGCUGUUGCUCAUAUAUAUCACAUUCCAGGCAGAUGUUGACUGAACAGAUAUCUUUCAAAAAGGACACCAUGCUUCUAAGAACCAUGAGGCAUUCUCUCGCUCUGAUUUUGGUCACCUUAACAGCAAUGUGUGCAUCACAAGUAUCCAAUGUGGCCCUUUCAGGACAAGCCGUCCAGUCCAGCACCUUCAAUAUCAUGGGAGUUGCUAGUAAUGCCAUUGAUGGUUCAACUGCAAGUGGUUUUUCAUCUGGUUCAUGCACGCACACAGACGAAGAAAGUAAUCCAUGGUGGGUAGUGGACCUGAAGGCAGAGUAUCAUGUAUUGAGGAUCAGCAUUACCAAUCGUGGAGAUUGUUGUUCAGAAUGGCUAGAUGGAGCUGAAAUCCGGCUUGGGAAUUCCAUAGAGAAUGGAGGCACCACAAAUCCCAGAUGUGCUACAAUCAGCUCCUUGAACCCGGGGGAGACACGCAGCUUUUAUUGUGAAAAUUCAAGAGGGCAGUUUGUGACUAUUAACCAACCAAACGGAGGAAUGUUCUCACUUUGUGAAGUCCAAGUGUUUGCUGAGAAGAGUGAUCCCACCACUGAACUUGGGUCAUCCCAUUCUCAAUUGGAGCCUAAAGAAGGAGAACAGGUCCAGAUGUCUGUCCCAAAUGUGGCUCCUGAAGGGAAGGUGUUCCAGUCCAGCACGUAUGAUUUAUUUGGAGACCCAGAGAAUGCUGUUGAUGGCUCUACAUCUGUAGAGUAUAUUCGUGGCCACUGCACCCAUACAGAGCUAGAAAUUAAUCCAUGGUGGACAGUGGAUUUGACAGAAGAGUUUCAAGUAUCCAGAGUUAGCAUCACAAAUCGAGGAGACUGCUGUCCAGAAAGGAUCAACAAUGCUGAAAUUCGUAUUGGGAAUUCUCCAGAAAAGGGAGGGAUCACAAAUCCAAGGUGUGCUACAAUCAGCUCACUGGGGCCAGGUAGAACAGCUGUAUUUGAUUGUGGAGAGAUGGAAGGGCAGUAUGUAACCGUGACCAUCCCAGGCAUAGGGUACCUCACGCUGUGUGAAGUCCAAGUCUUCGGCAUGAAGGUCAAUACUUCUGAGACUACACCUGGAAUGAACAAAGAAGCAGGAGUUACUUCAGCUAUUGAAAAAUGGACAAAACCAAAAAAACCUAUAAAACAAUGGAAAGAUAAAAGAGAGCGUCAGCCUUAUUCAUUUGUCCACAAUGCAGCCCUUGGUGGAAAGGCAUUCCAGUCGAGCUCCUACAAUUUACUAGCAUCCCCUGACCAUGCCAUUGAUGGUUCUACAUCUGCAAAUUAUUUACGUGGGCAGUGCACCCACACAUUGUUACAAGAUAAUCCAUGGUGGAUGGUGGACCUGGGAGCCAGAUUUCGAGUGCUCAGUGUUGUUGUCACCAAUAGAGGAGAUUGCUGUGCUGAUCGGAUACGAGGUGCUGAAAUCAGAAUUGGAGAUUCAAAAGAAAGAGGUGGAAUCAGAAAUCCCAGGUGUACCACAAUUACUUCACUGAAUUUGGGUGAAACUGGCAAGUUUGAGUGUGAUGAAAUGCUUGGACGAUAUGUGACUAUCACCAUUCCGGACACAAAUAGAUAUCUCUCUUUGUGUGAAGUUCAAGUCUUUGGUCAACUGCUAAUUCCCCCAAUACCCAAUGUGGCUCUUGAUGGGAAGGCAUUCCAGUCCAGCAGCUACAGCCAACUAGGAGCUGCUGAGCAUGCCAUCGAUGGGUCCCUUGUGGCUGAUUUUGGGCAUGGAUCCUGCACUCACACUGACUACGAAUUAAAUCCAUGGUGGAUGGUUGAUCUGAAGGCAGAAUUUAAUGUGACACGAGUUGAUAUCACUAAUCGAGAAGACUGCUGUGCAUAUCGGCUAGAUGGAGCUGAAAUCCGGAUUGGAAACUCACGGGAGACAGGGGGUUCCACAAACCCCAGGUGUGCUGUGAUCUCCUCAAUUGGUCGUGGAGAAACUGAAAGUUUUGAUUGUAAAGGAAUGAAAGGACAAUAUGUUACAGUGACUAUUCCUGAAGAACAGUAUCUUACUCUGUGUGAAGUGGAGGUGUUUGGUGUGAGGGUUGAUUCCACUGGAAACCAGGCCGUCUUAGCUUAGAUUCUUCUAAGGCUUAGAAGGAGAAAACAUACAUUCAAAUCUCUUUGGCAAGACUUUUGUUUCCUAAGUGAAAAAGAAAAAAGCUAUGCUGCUUUCAAUUCCAAAUAAAAUGUAUUAUUAGCUUAAAUGCAGAGUUACUGACUAUGACUAAUCAUGAAUCAUUAUUUUCAGUGUUUGACAAGACAUGAAUGGCACCUUCAGUGGGGAUCUAAGUAUUUGUAAAGUCUACUUCUCUGCUUUUAAACUGAGUUCUCUGUGUUUAUGGAACUUUAUGUGUUGUGAUUUGGGAAUACUAUAUUGGUCUCAUAGCCCUGUGGAUGCAGCUCAGAAGAGUUGAUAUGACUGAAUGAUGUCAGUUUGGGAGCAAAAUUCCAACAUUUUCUGGAAUAAAUUUCAUAAGAAUAAAAACUUUGAGAAAUUAGUGACACUGUACAUGUUAUGUUGGACUCUGAGAUGUUUCAGUGAUGGAUGUUUCCUUGAAUGUAAAUGUAUUUGCACCUAAGUCAAUGUUGUGAACUGUAGUGUGAAGAAAGGUUGCACAAGAAUAUCAGUCUCCCAACUUUCAUUCAGGUGUUUAGCUUCCUGACCUCUAACUUGGUAAUUAAAUAUACAUAGAAACUCAAAUCGUAACAGAUGUUCCCAGAUUUGUGGAUCUAAGCCAACAAAUGGCAGGUAACAGUUUUGGAGUGAAGUAUCUUCAGGACCUGGACUGACUUUGCCCAUCUAUUCUGGUCUGAAGCGGACGAAGCACAAGAGCACUUCCUAUUCCAUGAGUCUCCUCCAAUUGAGUAACAUCUUCUUGAGCUCUGAUAUGUUUUUGUGUCCUUGGUUGUUGCUUUUUGUUUCUGAUGUUAGUACAUGUGGCAUACCCAAUGUUAUUUGGGAAUCCACAUAUUCAUAUUUUCAUAUAUUUCAUAUUAAGGACCAGGUAUGUUCUUAAGAGGUCACAAUGACCUUUGGAGAACCAGGUGAAUUUUCCCAUGGGAAGGUCAUGGAGACCCGGAGGCAUGUGAAAAGACCCUGAAAACACUGAAUGGGUAUAUUAAUUACUCCUUCUUCCCCAGGCUCUCCUAUCCUCUUGCACCUUGAAACAAAGCAGAAGCUAGCUCUUUCUGCCUGCCCCUUGCCAUCUCCAAGCCAAGUUUCCUGCCCAUUCACCUUGUGGUUGUCCUAAUCCAAUUGCUGUUUUUGUAACCUUAAAGUUAGAUCCACCAACCAGUCUGGAAUCACAAUGCUGAUUCCUGAGAAAGCCAUCAAGUCUUUGUUACCUUGUAAGAUAGCACACCUCCUGAGGGUAAGGUACCAGAUAUAAAUAUUGGUCCCCAAAACCUAGCCUCUGUGCACACAGUUGGCCUCAGUUUGCAUUCUGUGUACGAUGUGUGUCACCAUCAGACUCAGUCUGAGUCACUCCUGCUUUCCAUGACCUGCUUUUUGGACCACUCAUUUUGCCACCCCACUUUCAUACCUCCAUUUUGGUUAACUCUGAAUGCUGUGUCUGUCUGAAGUAUUGUCAUGUAUUUGAUUACACUCUGCAUAUUUCUAAAUAAAACCUUCUUCAUUCACCUAAA